AUGGCAGAGGAAGCUGUAGAACCACCUCCAGAUGCUGUAGAAGCUCCCGAGGAAGGGGCUUCGCAUCCAAAGGUGCAGACCCCGGCUGCGGAGUCAGGAGAGGAAGACAUAACGGAAACAGGGUACACUAUCACCCAAAAGUUGAGUGAAGUGUCGAAAAGAGGAGCAAAGAAGGGUCGUCAGAAGGUGCCAGUUGGUGCCGAUGAACGUGUCGAAGUUGAUAGAACAGCGUUGAAUGCUAUACUUGAUGUCAGUUCAAGGAUUCAGGACAUUCAAAAGAAAAGCAGAUUAUCUAUGAGUACUUUGGCGUUAGCUCAUGAGUCUUAUAAAGACAAGCAAGCUAAAGCUAAAGAAGCUCGCUCAAACCGCAUUGGUGGUAUUAAAACUCAACACAGAUUCUUGCUAGAGAAUGCAGCUAUUUUACUGAAUAAACCACCAGAGUAUGUUAUGGAAGGUGUUUAUGAUGCAGAUAUUCAUAUCGAUCUGUUAGAUAGUGCUGUUGCAGAAGGAGGCAGAAAUUGUAUUGUGAUUUGUGACGCAAGCCUUCCUCCUGUUAAAAUGGAAUCCGGUCGAUUUGUGCCCAAUCAAAAAGGUUUAAUGGAUAGGAUAUAUAUAUCUGAUUGUUCCACAAUUGGUACCGUAGGCAACUGUGUUGCUAUGUACAGAAUCAAGAAUAAAGUCAUUGACACUAAAAACGUGGCUGAUGAUUACUUCAUGACAUUGAUUGAUAUGAGAAAGGAAACAGACAACAUAGUCUCCGGUUUAUACAAAACGUUGGAACGUAUUUUUCUUGCAUCUCUCGAACAGUGCAAGGGCUGGGGUGACCUUAAUCCUCCCAACCCUAAGAGUGAAGAAAUGAUUAAAUACUACAUUUCCAAAAUCAAAUUGUUCAUUGAUUAUCUUGCAAAAACAAAGAUAGAUUUGGAUUGUUGUACAAGAUUUAAAAUCAACUUAGCGUUGUACGAGGAAGAGUUGUGUGAUUCUGAAAAAAUGAAAGCAGCUAUCACUAAAACAACUGUGCUAGAAGAAAUAUGUUUAUAUGUAAAACAAUGGAUCAAACAAAUAACAAUGGUAUUAGUCCAAAGCCAGCAACUUAGACGUGAGCCAUCCAAUAUUGGGCCCUUAGCUGAGUUAGAUCACUGGAGACGUCAGCUGACCAUAUUUACUUCGAUCAUCAAGCAUAUCAAGAGUGAUGCAACUAUUAUGUAUAUUAUCACAUUGAGACGUGCAAAAUCUAAACUUAUAAAGAAAUGGAGCCAACUAGAUAAUUUAGUUACUGACUAUUACAAUGAAGCCUUUGAUAACGUUAAAUAUUUAUACGCUUUGGAGAAAUAUUGCGAACCGUUAUACAGAUGCGAUCCACAGACUAUGCAGCAGUACAUCCCUGGCCUAUUGUACACCAUCCGUAUGGUGUUUGCUACCUCUCGUUACUACAACACAACGAAGCAAAUAUCCACACUGCUAGUUAAAGUGACGAAUCAAAUACUUAAUAUGUGCAUGGAUUACCUAACCAAUCAUGGUAAAAAAACAAUAUGGAACCAGGAUAAACUUAAUUUUAUAAGAAAGGCUAAACUUUGUCUGAGUCUAUAUAAUUUUUAUCGUGAGUGUUACGCUGAAACUCAACAAGAAAUGAGCGAGGCAUCUGAUGAGAGGCCCUUUGAUUGUUCGGAAAUGUACAUUUUUGGAAAAUUUGAAACUUUCCGCAAAAGAUUAUUAAAGAUAAUCGAUCUAUUCGAAACAUUUAUUAGAUAUUAUGUUUUGAACAAAACAACUCUAGAAGGUGUUGAAGAAUACGCCACGAACUUCAAUAAACUCUUCAAAACCAUUUCGACAAAAACAUAUGAUGCUUUGGAUCACAGACAUCCAGAUUUCGAUAAAGACUACAAAAUAUACAAAGAUGCUGUCGCUAACCAGGAAUUACUGUUGGAGAACUUCAUGAUUACUAGCGUUAAUAAAUGCCCGACUACAGAAAUUGCCUUGCACUUGUUGCUAAGAUUUGAAAGCCUGAACUUAUCCUGCUUAUAUCUUGAAGACCAGUACUAUGAUUUAAUUCGAACUUAUACAGCUGAAGUAGAGACAAUACGAGACAGGUACAAUGAAGAAAGAGAGAACCCUGAACUGCCUAGAAAUAUGCCACCAGUAGCUGGUCGUAUAAUGUGGAUUCGAUUUUACGAUAAAAAUGUGAAAGUGCCUAUGGAGACGUUCAGGCAGCAUCACGAAGUCAUUACCCAUAUGAAUACUCAACGAUGUAUAAAGUUGUAUAAUGUUAUGGCCAUCGUAUUCACGGAAUAUGAACUGAUAUAUCAUCAUGCGUGGGCUGAAAAUGUUGGACAGGUGCGGCUGAGUUUAAUUGCUCCCCUUCUCAUUCGUCACCCAACGACAAAUAUGUUCAUAGUUAACUUUAGUUUCUACAUACCAGAAUGCAUGCGAGAAGUUGAAUAUAUGUGGCAGUUGGGACUCCGUGUGCCAGAUGGUGCACAAAUAUUAGCAUUCUGUAAACAAAAAAUUCUUGGUACCUACGAGCAAAUAAAAUAUUUGGUUGAAAGAAAUAAUAAGAUACGAAGGAGCAUGCCGAACCUUUAUUUGCCUUUGUUACGCUCGCAGUUAAUAAAACUAGAGAAAGCUUUCCAACCCGGUUUCUCAACAAUUACUUGGACUUCGCUUGAGAUACCUUCGUAUUGCGAAAAUAUUGAAAAGGUUCUAGAUGAAGUGGACUUGUUUGUUAAGGAGGUGGUGGAUAUGAAAGAAGCUCGUAUCGAUGCAAUAUUGUUAUCUAUCACUAAAACGAUGCUUGUUUACUUGCCUCAACAGGCUGUUGAUCCUAAUUCAUUCUAUGAUGAUAAUCAAGUUCGACGUGAUGAAAUCGCCCAAGAGCUUCAAUUAAAAUCAUCGAAUGCCGAAAUUGCUGUCGUAGAACUCAUACACAAGUUUUUAGACAGCGUGCCUAGUAAGCAAAUAAGAGACUUGAAAGAUAAAUGGCUGGAUAAGGAAAAAGCUUUGAAGCAAGUCACAUCGGCUACGAGGGUGAUACCUGAAGAUGCAGCAUUUCUGGAGUUAGAAAAUCCAGAUAGAUAUGAUAUAGUGCCUACAGUCAAUGAAUGCAAUGAAUUAUUUGCUUACUUCGCCACCAAAUGUUUAGAAGCAUUGAUUAAAUGUACUCGGCAGAGCCUUGAUAUGCUUAGACGUCGUGCUUCUGUAUCUAGUUUUCUGACUAUGACCACCGAUCCUGAAGAGCUAAAGAAACUCAACCCGCUAAUGUUGACAAACAUGUAUCUUCAAAUACCGAGAAUAUUAAUAAAACCUACUUUGGAGGAGAUUCAAUCAGCGUUUUCACAGGUGAACUUAGCUAUACCAAAGGUGGUAUUGAAUUGUAUAAUGGACAUUCAUCGCAGCGUGUUUAUGUGGGGUCAACAAGAGCUUAUUAAGAAAGAACAGGUCACUGGCAGUUCAUUACUAGCGACGCGUAGUGUCACAGCGGGCUCUAGAUCUGGGUCUACCAUUAGCGGAAUAAGAAGUUAUUUUAGAAUGGUAUCGGAGCAUAAAGAUAUUGUUAGAUCAGUAAUGGCAUUACAGGGAAUGAUGUACAUGUAUAAGCCUGAUAUUGAAAAACUUUUAAAGAGUUAUGGCCGAUUUGAGCAUCUGUGGGCUGAAGAUAGAGUGCAGCAGGUCCAAACAUUUGUUGAUUCAAACCCAUUGAAUGUUAUAGUGAAAGAUAUGCUCACCAAAUAUGAUAGGCAGACAGAAGAAGUGAAUAAUUUACCUAAUCGUCACGUUAUCGGGUCCAUUCAGAUAAAUACUGAACACAUCAAAUUAGCACUGAAUUUGGAGUCAGUUGAAUGGAAAAGGAUUUUAUGUAAACUGUUAUGUGUUGCUUACAAAGAACGAGUUGUAAAACUAAUGCAGUUUAUCAAUGAUCGAAUGAAAACUAUGAGCAAGAAGAUCAAAGACUUGGAUGACGUGCGAGUUGCAAUGUUGUGCUUGGACCUUAUUCGAGAAGAAUUCAUUGGGAUGGAUAUGGAAUUAGAUCUAAUAGAAGAGAGUUACGGCAUGUUUGCAUCGUUUAAUAUAGAUAUUCCUAAAGAAGACGCCGACAUGGUGUAUGGACUGCGUUAUGCCUUUCAGAAUAUGUUGCUUACUUCUCAACAAGUACAGCAAAAGAUAGUGGAAAUGCAAGGUCCACUGCAGAAUGAGCUCACAGAAGGUGUUAGAACAUUUGUACUGGAAGUGCAGAAGUUUGAUGCUGAUUAUGACGCAUUUGGUCCCAUGACGCCGGGCCUAUCAGCGCGAGAUGCCAGCGACAGAGUAAUAAUGUUCCAAUCGAGAUUCGAUGAGUUGUGGAGAAGAUUCGAAAUGUAUUCCAGCGGUGAAAAAUUAUUCGGCAUGGAGGUUAAAGACUAUCCGAUUUUGCACCAAAAGAAAAAGGAGUUUAACUUAUUGAGCAAACUUUACAGUUUGUACUUAAAUGUGGUGAAUUCUAUUGAUGGUUAUUUCGAGACUCCUUGGGUAGAAAUCGACAUUGAACAAAUAGUAGCCCAGUUAGCUGAGUUCGAUGUAAGGUGUCGUAAAUUACCAAAAGGAAUGAAAGACUGGCCUGCUUUUAUUGAACUGAAGAAAAAAAUUGAUGACUUCAACCAGACAUGUCCACUUUUAGAACUGAUGGCUGACAAAGCUAUGAAGGAUAGACACUGGAGGAGAUUAGAAACACUAUUGAAAUGCGUAUUAGACGUGGAAUCUGAAUCAUUCACAUUAGCCAAUGUCAUGGAGGCGCCGCUGCUAGAAAAUAAGGAAGAUGUUGAGGAUAUUUGUAUCAGUGCCGUGAAAGAGAAGGAUAUUGAAGCCAAGCUAAAGGAAGUGGCAGCUAGUUGGGCAUUAGUAGAUCUUACAUUUGCUCAUUUCAAGAAUAGGGGAGAGCUGCUGAUUAAACCGCAGGAAACGCUUGAUACUAUUACUUUAUUGGAGGACUCAUUGAUGGUUCUCAAUUCUUUAGCUUCCAACAGAUACAAUGCACCAUUUAAAAGAGAUAUUUUACUUUGGAUUAAUAAGUUAGUAAGCACAAGUGAGAUUCUAGAGAAGUGGUUGCAAGUCCAAAAUUUGUGGAUGUACUUGGAAGCUGUGUUUGUGGGAGGCGAUAUCGCUAAGCAACUACCUGCAGAAGCCAAACGAUUUGCGACUAUUGACAAACAGUACGUGAAGAUAAUGUAUAGAGCACGCGACAUAGUAAACUGCGUAGAAACAUGUACUUCUGACGACACUUUAAAACAAAUGCUGCCGCACUUAUUUGAGCAGCUCGAAGCCUGCCAGAAAUCACUAACCGGCUACCUGGAAACCAAGCGCCUUAUCUUCCCCAGGUUCUUCUUCGUUUCGGAUCCAGUACUAUUGGAAAUUCUCGGACAGGCUUCAAAUCCACAUUCUAUACAGCCUCAUCUACCCAGUAUUUUCGACGCAAUAUACACGGUAGACUUUGACGAUAAAGAGAGAAUUACAGUUAUGAACUCUAGUAACGGGGAGUCUAUCCAUCUUGAGAAAGCCGUAAUUUGUAUCGGAGGAGUGGAGCAUUGGUUAAAUACACUAUUGGAGUCGAUGCAAGAGACCGUGAAAAAUGUAAUUGCAAAUAUCGCGCAAACUAUGAUUGGAGAUCCAGAAUUUGAAUUUUUGGUUGGAUUCAAGCAUUUUGCCGGUCAGGCUGCUUUAUUAGGAAUGCAAAUUCUAUGGACAAAUGACGCAGAGUACGCUCUGAAGAAAGCACGAGUUGAUCGUUACAUUAUGAGAAUUACCAAUCAAAAGUUCUUAGAACUACUAAAUGGUUUAAUUGACCAGACUGUUACCGAUCUAGUACCUUUAGCUAGAACUCAAGUGGAGACUAUGAUCACAAUUCAUGUACAUCAGAGAGAUAUCUUUGAUGAACUAGUAAAAAUGAGAAUCAAGUCAAUAGGGGAUUUCGAAUGGCAAAAGCAGGCUCGUUUCUAUUACUUUGAAGAAUCUGAUGAAUGCCUCGUAUCGAUAACUGAUGUUGAUUUUAUAUAUCAGAAUGAAUACUUGGGAAUAACGGAGCGUCUCGUAAUCACACCUUUGACGGAUCGUUGUUAUAUCACUCUCUCACAAGCCAUCGGUAUGAGUAUGGGCGGUGCGCCCGCUGGACCAGCUGGAACUGGGAAAACUGAGACUACCAAAGAUAUGGGCCGUACACUAGGAAAACUGGUCAUUGUAUUUAAUUGCUCUGAUCAAAUGGAUUUUAGAGGUCUAGGUCGAAUUUAUAAAGGCCUUGCCCAGUCCGGCACGUGGGGCUGCUUCGAUGAGUUUAACCGGAUCGAGUUGCCCGUGCUGUCUGUGGCCGCACAGCAAAUUUACAUCUGCCUCACUGCCAGAAGGGAGAAGAAAGAUUUCUUUAUAUUCAGUGACGGUGACACAGUAAGUCUGAAUCCUGAGUUUGCUUUCAUCAUUACAAUGAACCCGGGAUACGCCGGCAGACAGGAGUUGCCUGAAAAUUUGAAAAUACAGUUCCGCUCGGUAGCUAUGAUGGUGCCUGAUAGGCAAAUUAUUAUCCGAGUCAAGUUGGCUAGCUGCGGAUUUAAAGAGAAUAUUGUAUUAGCUCGCAAGUUCUUCACUUUGUACAAACUUUGUGAGGAACAGUUAUCAAAACAGGUGCAUUAUGACUUCGGAUUGAGGAAUAUUCUGUCUGUGUUACGUACUAUGGGUGCACAAAAACGAGCUAAUCCUGAUAGUACUGAAGAGAAUAUUAUGAUGAGAGUAUUAAAAGAAAUGAACGUCUCAAAAUUGGUAGAUGAAGAUGAACCUCUUUUCAUUUCUUUGAUUGAAGAUUUAUUCCCUGGUAUCAAGCUCAGUCAAACACAGUGGAAGGAUAUGCAACGCGCUAUAGCUAUAGUGACAGAACGCACAGGUUUGAUCAACCAUCCCGAUUGGAACUUAAAAAUUAUUCAGUUGUAUGAGACGUCAUUGGUGAGACACGGCUUGAUGACCAUGGGACCAACUGGUUCCGGAAAAACGACUUGUAUACACACUCUCAUGGCUUCAUUAACUGAAGUCGGUAAACCUCACAGGGAAAUGAGGAUGAAUCCUAAGGCUAUUACUGCACCACAAAUGUUUGGCCGUCUGGAUGUAGCAACUAAUGAUUGGACAGACGGUAUAUUUUCUACUCUUUGGCGUCGAGCAUUGAAAGUGAAAAAAACUGAUACCACUUGGAUUGUACUAGAUGGUCCUGUAGAUGCUGUAUGGAUCGAGAACUUGAAUUCUGUAUUAGAUGAUAACAAAACUCUGACAUUGGCUAAUGGUGAUCGAAUCUCAAUGGCAUUAAACAGUAAGCUGGUGUUUGAACCGGACAAUGUCGAUAACGCUUCGCCUGCAACCGUAAGCCGGAUGGGAAUGGUGUUUUUAUCUUCAUCUGUGCUGAAAUGGCAACCCAUAUUGGAGGGUUGGUUAAAAACACGCCCUCAAAAGGAAGCUGAAGUUCUACGAAGUAGCUUUAACAAAGUAUAUGACGAAGUACAUGUCUACGUUCAACAAAAGUUGCCGGCUAAGAUGAAGCUUCUCGAAGCAAUAUACGUCAAACAAUGUAUAGAUGUCUUGACUGGAUUAUUACAGAUUGAGGUUCCUGGUGGGAAGACACACACUGACCGCCACCUGGAACGUUUGUUCAUCUUCGCUAUGAUGUGGUCUUUGGGGGCAGUGUUAGAACUGGAUGCAAGAACGCGUAUGGCUGAAUUCAUGACUAAACUGCCUGUGAAAAUGGACUGGCCUGGUUCCAAAUUAAAAGAAUGGGUCAUGCCUUUUGAGUAUGUAGUUAGCAACCAUGGUUUUUGGCAGCACUGGUCCGAACAUGUGGAGGAUUACGUUUAUCCCAGCGAUAGUAUACCAGAGUAUUCAUCAAUUCUGGUGCCUAAUAUCGAUAACGUGUGUAUUACAUUCUUGAUUGAAACAAUUGCCAAGCAAAAUAAAGCCGUACUUCUAAUUGGUGAACAGGGUACAGCGAAGACUGUUAUGUUGAAAAGCUAUAUGGCCGCUUAUGACAAUGAGUACAAGUUAUUUAAAAUGAUCAACUUUUCAUCUGCUACCACGCCAAAUAUGUUCCAGAGGAUUAUCGAGUCUUACGUAGAAAAACGUGUCGGUAUGACUUAUGGUCCUCCGGGAGGGAAAUCAAUGACAGUUUUCAUAGAUGACAUCAACAUGCCGGUAGUAAAUGAAUGGGGUGACCAGGUGACGAAUGAAAUAGUGCGACAAAUGAUGGAGUGCCGUGGGUUUUACUCUUUAGAUAAACCCGGCGAAUUUAUCAUUAUUGCUGAUAUUCAAAUAUUCGGUGCCAUGAUACAUCCUGGUGGCGGCAGAAACGACAUACCCCCACGAUUAAAGAGGCAAUUAUCCAUUUUCAACUGUACAUUGCCUAGCACUGUUUCUAUGGAUAAAAUUUUUGAGACCAUAGGAGCUGGCUACUUUUGUAAGUCUCGUUUUGAUAAAAAAUUAGUGGAAUUUAUGCCAAAACUCGUACCAGUCACUCGCAUCAUUUGGCAACAAACUAAAAUAAAAAUGCUACCAACACCCGCCAAGUUCCAUUACGUUUUCAAUCUUAGAGAUUUAUCUCGCAUAUGGGAAGGAAUGUUGUUUAUAAAGAGAGAGGAGCUGCCAUCAGUGCAAGUCGCAUUGAAGUUGUGGUUCCAUGAAUGUUUAAGAGUUAUCUCAGACAGGUUUACUACAUUUGAGGAUAAAGAAUGGUUUGUAGAAAAUUUCUGGAAAACAGCCACUACAGAGUUAUCUGAGUAUGUUAACGAUUUCCCCGAAGGAGAAACAUACUUUGUGAAUUUCUUAAGAGAGCCAGCAGAUCCAACUGGCGAUGAGGAUGAAGACUUUAGUACUGAAGCUCCGAAAGUAUAUGAGGAAUUACCAUCUUGGGACUUUGUGUUAUCUAAAUUGGUAGGAUUUCAAGAUUUGUUUAAUGAACAAGUUAGAGGAGCUCAUUUAGACUUGGUAUUUUUCCACGAUGCAAUGGUGCAUUUGUUCAUAAUAUCUAGAAUAAUAAAUACUUCACGUGGUAACGCUCUGCUAGUGGGAGUCGGCGGUUCGGGAAAACAAAGUUUAACUAAAUUAGCCUCAUUCAUAGCAAAUUAUACCUUCUAUCAAAUAACUUUGACAAGAUCAUACAAUGUUAACAACUUCAUGGAUGACAUAAAGAUAUUAUAUCGGAUGGCUGGCUUACAAGGGCGUGGUGUUUCAUUCAUAUUUACCGAUAAUGACAUUAAAGAUGAGCAAUUUUUAGAGUUUCUUAACAAUAUUCUAAGUUCUGGAGAAAUUGCGAACCUUUUCCCUAAGGAUGAAAUGGAUGAAAUUCUUAACGAUUUGACGCCGAUUAUGAAGAAGUACGCACCUAAGAGGAUUCCAGUACCAGAUGUUUUAUAUGAAUACUUUAUCAUUAGGUCUCGAGCUAAUUUGCAUGUUGUGCUUUGUUUUUCACCGGUAGGUGAAAAGUUUAGAAGCAGGGCCUUAAAAUUCCCAGGAUUGAUAUCUGGAUCUGUCAUGGACUGGUUCCAAAAAUGGCCAAAGGAAGCGCUAAUAGAAGUAGCUCAUCACUUUUUGUGGGAAUUUAAGGUGGUGUGUUCUGUGGAGACAAAGUAUCAGUUGAUUGAAAUAAUGGGUAUUGUACAAGACAAUGUAGCCGACACCUGCGUAGAAUAUCAUGACCGAUAUAGAAGACAAGCACAUGUUACUCCAAAAUCAUAUCUCUCCUUUUUAGAAGGUUAUAAAGUCUUGUACCAGGAAAAACAUCAAAAUAUAGCAGAAUUAGCAAGAAGAAUGACAACGGGUUUGGGCAAAUUGGUGGAAGCAGCGGCAAGUGUAGAUGAACUGAAAAAAGAACUGGAAAUAAAAGAACUGGAAAUAAAGGAAGCCACAGCGAAGGCUGAAGAUGUCCUAGCAGCAGUUGCGGCAUCGCAAGCAGCGGCGGAAAUAGUGAAAGGCGAAGUAAUGGAAGUAAAAGAUGUUGCGGUAAAGCUAGUCACAGUGAUCGCAGCUGAGACUGCGGUCGCUGAAGAAAAGCUUGCUGCUGCCAAACCUGCUUUAGAUGCUGCAGAAGCCGCAUUACAGACCAUCAAUGCUGCUGAUAUUGCUACCGUUAGAAAAUUAGGCAAGCCGCCAUUUCUUAUUACGCUUAUUAUGGAUGCAGUAAUUAUACUAUUUAGAAAGCGUAUUGAUCCAAUAAAAGCUGAUCCGGAAAAACAGUUUUUGGUCGCUUCGUGGGCUGAAUCUUUGAAGAUAAUGGCGGAUGCAAGGUUUUUAAGUAAUCUGAAGAAUUACCCCAAAGAUGAAAUUAAUGCAGAAAUGGUUGACUUGUUACAGCCAUACUUUCAGUAUCCACAGUAUACGUUUGAAGCAGCCAAAAUAGCAUGUGGCAAUGUCGCUGGGCUCAUUUCGUGGACUAUUGCGAUGGCGCAGUUUUAUGCUGUGAACAAAGAUGUCCUACCGCUGAAGGCAAAUUUGGCUGUGAUGCAGGGCAAAUACCAAGCAGCUAAAACGGAAUUAGAUGCUGCAGAGGCAGAACUUGCAGCCAAAGAGCGGGAAUUAGCUGACGUGCAGCGGGAGUUUGAUGAAGCGAUGGCGUUGAAGCAAGAGGUGUUAGAUGAUGCGGCCAGAUGCCAGGAAAAAAUGGACGCCGCUACUGCACUUAUUAACGGGCUUAGUGGAGAACGAAUUCGUUGGACUGAACAAUCCGCUCUGUUUAAAUCGGAAAUAGAACGGCUCGUUGGCGAUAUAUUACUGCUCUGUGGAUUUUUAUCCUAUUCCGGACCAUUUAAUCAAGAGUUUCGUUCGCUGUUAAUAUCCAAUUGGCUCAGUGAUUUGUUAAAAAGAAAGAUACCAGUGUCUAUGAAUUUAAAUAUAUCAGAACAGCUUACGGACACAGCUACAGUCGGGGAAUGGAAUUUAUAUGGCUUACCAACGGACGAAUUAUCAAUACAGAACGGUAUAAUCGUAACAAAGGCCUCUCGCUUUCCACUUUUAAUAGAUCCGCAGACCCAGGGCAAGAUCUGGAUAAAGAAUAUGGAGAGAGAAAACAAUCUGAUAGUAACGACACUCAAUCACAAAUAUUUCAGGAAUCAUAUAGAAGAUUGUGUAUCAUUAGGAAGACCUAUGUUGAUAGAAGAUGUUGCUGAGGAACUAGAUCCAGUGCUGGAUAAUGUUCUUGAGAAGAAUUAUAUCAAAAUAGGAUCAACUUUCAAGGUAAAAUUGGGCGACAAAGAGAUUGAUGUGACGACUGGCCACAAAAUAUACAUAACGACAAAGCUACCUAACCCGGCGUAUACACCCGAGAUUUCAGCUCGAACAUCCAUCAUAGACUUUACCGUAACUAUGCAAGGUUUGGAAGAUCAGCUGCUUGGCCGUGUAAUCUUAAUUGAAAAGGCAGAAAUGGAAGCCGAACGAACACAACUCAUUAUGGAUGUAACCGCCAACCGCCGCAAGAUGCAGGAAUUGGAAGCGAAUCUGUUACACAAGCUUACCACUAUUCAGGGUUCCCUUGUAGAAGACGUGACCCUUAUUCAAGUGCUUAAUGUAACCAAAACUACUGCUAUGGAUGUGAGAGAAAAACUAGAUGUAGCGAAGGAAACUGAGAAUAAAAUCAAUUCGGCUCGUGAAGAGUACCGUCCUGUCGCGACGCGCGGCUCCGUGCUAUACUUCUUGGUGUGCAAUAUGUCACUCGUCUGCAAUAUGUACCAAACAUCGUUAGCCCAGUUUCUGGAACGCUUCGAUAUAUCCAUGGAGCGAUCUGCUCCAAGCCCGAUUACUUCUAGAAGGAUUGGAUUCAUUAUCGACUAUCUGACUUUCGACGUCUUUAAAUUUAUCAGUCGAGGAUUUUAUGAACAGCACAAGUAUCUGUUCACGGUGUUGUUGACUUUAAAGAUAGACUUACAAAGGGAAUACAUAACAUUCGAAGAAUUCCAGAAUUUCAUAAAAGGUGGUGCUGCUCUGGAUCUCAAUGCCUGUCCACCAAAACCUUUUAAAUGGAUCACUGAUAUGUCUUGGCUCAAUUUGGUUCAAGUAUCACAACUGCGUCAAUUUUCGAAUAUACUUACUCAAGUCACUAAUAACGAGAAAGGAUGGAAGACUUGGUUUGAAAAAGAGGCACCCGAAGAGGAACCAAUGCCCGACGGUUACAAUGUGUUUGAUGUGUUCAGGAAACUGUUAAUGGUACGAGCAUGGUGUCCCGAUAGAACGUUAGCGCAAAGCUUAAAGUAUGUAGUGAGUUCUAUGGGAAGUCGGUAUUCUGAAGCUGUAAUAGUAAAUUAUGAGAAUAUGGUCAUAGAAUCCCGACCUCUCGUGCCCCUUGUAGGCUUUUUAGCUAUGGGGUCUGAUCCAACACCAUCUAUAGAGAUAACUGCUAAACGAAUGGAAAACCUCAGCCAGUCCAUAUCUAUGGGUCAAGGUCAGGAAGUACACGCAAGGAAACUCAUUUUACGUGGUCUUAAAGAGGGCUUUUGGGUGCUGCUGCAAAACUGUCACUUGGGUCUUGAGUACAUGGUGGAGAUUAUGGAGCAGUUCAACGAAUUAGAGAAAGAGCCAGAGCAGGUUCACGACAUGUUCAGAUUAUGGAUUACUACAGAAGUUCAUCCCAAGUUUCCAAUUACUUUGUUACAAAUGUCUAUAAAGUACACUUGCGAGCCGCCGUCUGGUAUUAAGGCUGGUCUCAUGAGAACUUACGAUUCCAUGAGUCAGGAUUUCCUCGAUUACAGUGAUAGUCCUUAUUAUCUACCGCUGAUUUUCACUAUAUCAUUCCUGCAUACGGUAGUGCAAGAGCGAAGAAAGUUUGGACCUUUAGGAUGGAACAUUCCUUACGAAUUUAAUUCUGCUGACUGGUUGGCAUCAUGCAUGUUCGUACAAAAUCACUUAGAUGCGUUAGAACCGGGACAGUUACCUAGCUGGAAUACGGUUCGUUAUAUGGUCUCAGCCGUGCAAUACGGCGGGCGUGUGACUGACGACUUCGACAAUCGUCUUCUGACUACGUUCACUAGAGUGUGGUUUACAGACCAGCUCUUCAACGAAGAUUUCCAAUUUUACAAAGGUUACGGUAUUAUGCAGUUUAAAAAUAUAUCUGAGUACAUUGAGGAAAUAGAGAAGAUGAAAACUACAGAUCCACCCCAGGCUUAUGGUUUGCAUACUAAUGCUGAUAUCACUUAUCAACGCAAUACGGUUCAGGAUCUCUUGGAUACAAUACUAUCUAUACAACCAAAGGAAUCGGCAGGUGGUGGUGGUGAAACACGUGAGGCCUCAGUGUACAGACAAACUAAAGAAAUGCUUGAAAAAGUGCCACCUAACUUCGACCCUCAUGAAGUUAAAGAAAGGUUGAAGCUAUACGGAAUACUUGGAUCAAUGGUUAUUUUCUUACGACAAGAAAUUGAUCGAAUGCAGCGUGUAAUCAAUCUUGUUCGCUCUACGCUGAAAGACUUACUGCUGGCCAUUGACGGGACUAUAAUUAUGAAUGAGGCUUUACGCAAUGCAUUAGACAAUAUUUACGAUGCAAAAGUGCCCGCUAUUUGGUUAAGAUCCUCGUGGACCUCGUCUACAUUGGGCUUCUGGUUCACAGAGUUUUUGGAGAGAACUAUUCAAUUCUCGACAUGGUGCUUCCAAGCUAGGCCUAACUCUUUCUGGAUGACAGGAUUUUUUAAUCCACAAGGUUUCCUGACGGCGAUGCGACAGGAGGUGACGCGCGCUCACAAGGGCUGGGCCCUUGACAUGGUCUCGUUACAUAACGAUGUCACGAAGUUUAUCUUGGAGGAUAUUAAGACCCCGCCACUAGAAGGUGUAUACGUCCAUGGAUUGUUCAUGGACGGUGCCAGUUGGGAUCGCCGCAAUAUGCGUUUGUGCGAGUCAACGUUGAAAGUUUUGUACACGCAGUUACCCGUCGUUCAUAUUUAUGCCAUUAACUCUACUGCACCUAAGGACCCUAAGCUGUACUUGUGUCCAGUUUACAAGAAACCCGUUCGCACAGGAUUGACGUUUAUCACGCCGCUAUGGUUGCCAACGAUCAAAAACCCAGAUCAUUGGAUCCUUAGAGGAGUUGCCAUAUUAUGUGAUAUUAAGUAA